GAUUGAAGCGCACAUCUACAAGUAGGUCCGCUGCCUCAUUAAAUUUUUAGUACAAGCAUGUAUUUGCUACCAAAUUCUAUGUUAACAGCUUUAGCGAUCGUAUUUGCGAUGUCUCAAUUGCAAUGCGACGAUGCCAUGCAUACCGGUUUGGAGGGAAUGGAUGUCGUAAGACCUAAAAAUGGCACCAACGGAUCGCAGAUUGAGUCCGCCAUCAAGACCAAUUCUACUUCUGUACUCAUUAGCGACGCUCCACAGUCGAACUCACCAAACCCCAAAUCGCGCAAGCCUGCUGUCAAAUCGCUAAAGCAUAUUGCACGGAGUAAGCGUGAAACCGAGCCGACAAUGCCAUUCGACUUCCACACAUUACAUGCGCCAUGCGAUUGGGAUACCAGGGGCAGAGUUUAUUAUAUUGAGUACUUUCCCAAUCACUGCAUUUGGGUUUGGAAUAACAAAAACGUACACGAAGGAUUCUUUCGUGCUUAUAAGACAUACGAGUUGGAAGGCUUUUUCUUCGGACAACUUUAUGAGCGGCUCAAGCGUUUUGAGAUUGAUCCGCACUCCUGGGACUAUUCGGAUAUGGAGGUGAUUGAUUAAUGCACAAGAAAUUUGCCUUUGUAUUUUGACAACCCAAUAUCCAUUGAUGUGCUGGGAUGGGGAAAGAUAUAUGUAAUUUGUAUUUAAUUUAUGUAAAUUUUUUCGUAUGGCACAUUCAAUGUGAAAACUAAGUAAUGUAGAAAUUUAUUGAUAUAUUUGUUCCCACUGUACCUGUAUAAGAGGAAGAACCCAAACGGUUGGAGCAUUUCAAAAUCUGAACGCAAAAAAGCAGAGGUGGCAGCGCCAGCAUCAGUUUCUCUUUCCUAUGUAUGGCAGCGUUCGUGCCUAUUAAAAUUCUAUGCGUAUGGCAAUAUCAUCGGAGUGGCAAUGCUAUUAUAAUUUAAAUUAUCUGUUAUACAUAUGCUCUCAAUACAACAUUUGUUUAAGAAAUAUAAACAUUUUUUGUAAGUUCA